AUGCCGUUACAGAAUCAGAAUGGGGACCAUCAAAGCCCCAGUGCCAAAGAGCUCAAAGAUGACACAGUCAUCGUGGUACUCGGCGCGUCCGGUGACCUAGCAAAGAAAAAGACAUAUCGAAACAAAUUCCUCCCAAAAGACAUUAAGAUCAUCGGAUAUGCCCGAACGAAAAUGGACCACGCGGAGUUCAUCAAACGCGUGCGCUCCUACAUCAAGGUUCCCACCAAAGAGAUCGAAGAGCAGCUGGCAAGCUUCUGUGAACAAUGCACCUAUAUCCCCGGCCAAUACGACCAGGACGACUCUUUCAUCACAUUGAACAAGCACCUAGAGGAGCUAGAGAAGGGUAAAAAGGAACAGAACAGGAUAUUCUACAUGGCCCUGCCUCCAAGUGUUUUCACGACCGUGUCAGAACACUUGAAAAAGAACUGCUACCCAAAAAAUGGCAUUGCAAGAAUUAUUGUUGAGAAACCGUUCGGAAAAGACCUUCAAAGUUCUCGCGAUUUACAGAGGGCGCUUCAACCCAACUGGAGAGAAGACGAAGUCUUCCGUAUCGAUCACUACCUUGGAAAAGAAAUGGUGAAGAACAUUCUCAUCCUCCGAUUCGGAAAUGAAUUCUUCAAUGCUACCUGGAACCGACACCAUAUCGAUAACGUGCAGAUCACCUUCAAGGAACCCUUUGGUACUGAGGGAAGAGGCGGAUAUUUUGAUGAAUUUGGAAUCAUUCGUGAUGUAAUGCAGAACCAUCUCCUCCAGGUCCUCACCCUGUUAGCUAUGGAGCGCCCCGUCUCGUUCUCUGCAGAAGAUAUCCGUGACGAGAAAGUGCGUGUUCUACGCGGCAUCGACCCCAUUGAGCCGAAGAAUGUAAUUAUCGGACAGUACGGCAAAUCCUUGGACGGAACAAAGCCCGCGUACCGGGAGGAUGAUACUGUCCCAAAGAACUCCAGAUGUGCAACGUUUUGUGCUAUGGUUGCUCACAUCAAGAACGAACGUUGGGAUGGCGUUCCAUUCAUCUUAAAAGCAGGAAAAGCCUUGAACGAGCAAAAGACUGAAAUCCGUAUUCAAUUCCGCGACGUGACGUCCGGGAUUUUCAAGGACAUCCCCCGAAACGAACUCGUUAUCCGUGUCCAGCCUAACGAGUGCGUUUACAUCAAGAUGAACUCGAAGCUCCCCGGUCUCUCCAUGCAAACAGUUGAAACCGAGCUUGAUCUCACAUACCGCCGGAGAUUCUCUGACUUGAAGAUUCCCGAGGCAUACGAGUCUUUAAUCCUCGACGCGCUUAAAGGUGACCACUCGAAUUUCGUCCGUGAUGAUGAGUUGGAUGCAAGCUGGAGAAUUUUCACACCCCUUCUUCAUUAUUUGGACGACAAUGAGGAUAUCAUACCAAUGGAGUACCCCUAUGGCUCGCGUGGUCCUGCCGUACUUGAUGAUUUCACCGCAUCGUUUGGGUACAAAUUCAGUGAUGCCGCCGGUUACCAGUGGCCCCUUACAACUGCGCCCAACCGUCUCUAA